CCACCUCAUCCUCUCCCUCCUCCUCUUCCCCGCGUCAACAACUCCCGGCUCCUCCCCCCUCCUCUCAUCCCCGUUUCCCUGACCCCGGCAAACCCCAAACCCGACUCCGCGGCGGCCGGCGCGAUGCCCGCCGCGGCGCUCGCCUUCGCUUCCACCUUCGCUCCGCCCCAGCCGUGGGUCCCACGGAGGCCGCAUCCUCGCCACGCCCGCCUCCGUCUGCCCCCUCCAAGGAGCGGCGGUGGCGACAACAACAAGCCCACCACCUCGUGGGUCAGUCCCGACUGGCUCACGUCGCUGUCCCGCUCGCUGGUCGGCAGGGGAGGCGGCGGUGGAGACGGCUCGGGGAUCCCCGUCGCGUCCGCCAAGCUCGACGACGUGCGGGACCUCCUCGGGGGCGCGCUCUUCCUCCCGCUCUUCAAGUGGUUCCGCGAGGAAGGGCCCGUCUACCGCCUCGCUGCGGGUCCGCGCGACUUCGUAAUCGUCAGCGACCCCGCAGUCGCCAAGCACGUCCUCCGCGGGUACGGCACGCGGUACGAGAAGGGGCUCGUCGCCGAGGUCUCCGAGUUCCUGUUUGGCUCCGGGUUCGCCAUCGCCGAGGGAGCGCUCUGGACGGUGAGACGAAGAGCAGUUGUACCAUCUUUACACAAAAGAUUUAUCUCAGUGAUGGUUGAAAAAGUAUUUUGUAAAUGUGCUGAGAGAUUAGUGGAGAAACUCGAAACAUAUGCUUUGAGUAGUGAACCUGUUAAUAUGGAAGCAAGGUUUUCUCAAAUGACUUUAGAUGUGAUUGGUUUGUCCUUGUUCAACUACAAUUUUGAUUCCCUCACAUCAGAUAGUCCUGUUAUUGAUGCUGUUUAUACUGCACUCAAAGAAGCAGAGGCUCGCUCAACAGAUCUUUUACCAUACUGGCAGAUUGAUUUACUGCGCAAGAUAGUUCCUAGACAGAUAAAAGCAGAAAAGGCAGUUAACAUAAUAAGGAAUACCGUUGAAGAACUGAUUACGAAGUGCAAGACAAUUGUAGAUGCUGAAAAUGAACAGAUUGAGGGUGAUGAAUAUGUAAACGAGGCAGAUCCUAGCAUCUUGCGCUUUUUACUUGCGAGCCGUGAAGAGGUCAACAGUUCGCAGUUACGUGAUGAUCUGUUGUCAAUGUUAGUUGCUGGUCAUGAAACAACAGGUUCUGUCCUGACAUGGACUGUUUAUCUUCUGAGUAAGGAUCCAGCAGCGCUAAGGAGAGCUCAGGAUGAGGUAGAUCGUGUUCUACAAGGUAGACUCCCCAGAUAUGAAGAUGUAAAAGAGCUGAAGUACUUGAUGCGCUGUAUAAAUGAGUCUAUGAGGCUAUACCCACACCCCCCUGUGCUGAUACGGCGUGCAAUAGUUGAUGAUGUUCUUCCUGGAAACUACAAGGUUAAGGCAGGUCAAGAUAUAAUGAUUUCAGUGUACAAUAUACACAGAUCACCUGAGGUAUGGGACAGAGCGGAUGAAUUUGUUCCAGAGAGAUUUGAUCUGGAGGGACCAGUUCCAAAUGAGUCAAACACUGAUUUCAGGUUUGUCCCUUUCAGCGGAGGUCCUCGAAAAUGUGUUGGAGAUCAGUUUGCUCUUUUAGAAGCAAUUGUGGCACUUGCAGUUGUCUUGCAGAAGAUUGACAUUCAGCUUGUGGCUGAUCAAGAAAUCAACAUGACCACUGGGGCCACGAUUCAUACAACCAAUGGCUUGUAUAUGAAUGUUAGUCUGCGUAGAGUUGAGCAGGAACCUGAGUUAGCACUGAGUGACUCGCGAUAGAUGAAAUAACUUUUAACCAGAUAAGCAAAACAGGGUGAGAUCAGUACAUGCAGCGGUUACAGAAUUCCCAAUAUGUUGUAGGUAUAUCGUCUGGCUUACAGAUUCUGAAAACUGUAAAGAAAUGGAUCACUUGCUUGUUGAUCUUUCCAGUUGCAGAGGAGAUUCUGAAAACUGUAAAGAAAUGGAUCACUUGCUUUUGGUGCAACCAAUGUGCGUUAGCACCACCACUAUAAUUUUUUUGUCGCAUUGACCCAAUAUGUACCUAUCACACCCUAAAAUUUCAAACUUGGAAAUAUACACAUUGAGUUAAAAAAAAACAGACAAAUUUUGCUGUGAGUCCAAGAGAGAAAUGAUAUUUUGUCAUGAA